AUAUUUCUGCAUGUGCACAUAACGGCUGUGAAAUAUGGUUACGUUCAGAAAACAAGUGAUCAGUGAGCGGUCAGUGAUUAUUGAUCCUUAUUGUUAGAUCUCUAAAUUUAGAUCAAUUAGAUUAGCGAAUUAUUCAACUGUUGUGCAACGGUUGUGUUUUCUAAACGUAGCCAAUGGGAGUACAUUUCAAGCGUAUAGUAUAUAAGUAUUUUUAACGAAGAAGUUAUAUUUAUUUAUUUAUGCAAAAUAUUGCGGUAUAGGACAAAUCGCAAAUGAAAAUUACUAGCCAAAACGUGUAUCAUUGUUGAAGUCAAUAAUGCCGAAGUCAAAAGAAUAUGUCUCUGACAGUGAUGACAGCAGCAGUGAAGAGGAAGUAAAGUCAAGUAAAAAGAAACAAAAGAGGGAUAGGGAUGUAGAAGAUAAAGCAAAAGAUGAGAAGAAACCAGCAAAAAAAGCGAAAACAGAAGACGAAGAAACUAUUUGGGAUUUGGGUAAUAAUCGUCAAGUGAAUGUGAGGAAUUUCAAAGGAAAAUAUUAUGUUGAUAUCCGAGAGAUGUAUUAUGAUAAAGAUGGCGAUUUAAAACCUGGCAAAAAGGGCAUAUGCUUAACUAUGCAACAAUGGCGAAAGUUCAUGGAGGUUGUGGAAGAAGUGGAUAAGGUGGCAAAAUUAAAGGGUUAGAAUUUAAAUUCUAAUUUGAAUUUAAAAAAUGUGUUUUAUGUUCAUGUUUUUUUCCAAUAGGAUCUAAAAAAUGUGUAAACCAUCGUACAUUUUUUUAAGUAUUACAAGCAAUUUUGUAAAAUUAAAAGAAACUAGUACAUAAAAUAUAAAAGUGUUAUUUGCGUAUUUAAGAAAAUUGCAUUUGUCACUGAUUUGUAAUGAAAAAAGAUUUUACUUAGCAUUUUCUAAUGAAGGAAAUGAUCUUGAAAUCUAAUAAUAUUGUAGUUGGUUUAUAUUACCAAAUUUUGUGAAUUUAUAACAUAAUAUAAAUUAUAGUUUAUCUCCCGUUGUAUAUUGCAAUACAUUUUCAAUUUUUUUUGCAGUACAAAGAAUAUCGCAUGUAUUGUACCAUAGAAAUUUAAUGACUCAGUUUAUCAAAAUUUCUUGUUAAAUUCCUGUUAUUGUAACAAAUAAAAUUCAGUUGUCAAUAAAAAA